AAUGUCCAAGCAGGAUUUGAGUGUCACAGCAAAACUCAUCAAUGGAGGCGUGGCAGGGCUCGUGGGGGUGACCUGUGUGUUCCCCAUCGACUUAGCCAAGACUAGACUUCAGAACCAGCAUGGAAAAGACAUCUACAAAGGAAUGAUAGAUUGCCUGAUGAAGACGACAAGGAUGGAUGGCUUUCUGGGCAUGUACCGAGGAGCUGCAGUGAACCUCACCUUGGUCACUCCAGAGAAGGCCAUCAAGCUAGCAGCCAAUGACUUUUUCAGGCAGUUGCUCAUGGAAGAUGGGAUGCAGCGGAAUCUGAAGAUGGAGAUGUUAGCUGGAUGUGGAGCUGGAAUGUGCCAGGUGGUAGUUACCUGUCCCAUGGAAAUGCUCAAGAUUCAGCUGCAGGAUGCUGGGCGCUUGGCAGUCCACCAUCAGGGUUCGGCCUCAGCACAUUGCUCCUCCAGGUCCUAUACUAUUGGUUCGACUUCCACCCACAAGCGUCCAUCUGCCACCCUCAUUGCCCGGGAGCUGCUUCGCACCCAGGGCCUGGCUGGUCUCUAUAAGGGCCUGGGUGCCACUCUCCUCAGAGAUAUUCCCUUCUCCAUCAUCUACUUCCCUCUGUUUGCCAACCUCAACAACCUUGGGUUCAACAAGCUUACUGGGAAGGCUUCCUUUGCUCACUCCUUUACGUCAGGCUGUGUUGCAGGUUCCAUAGCGGCUAUCAUAGUAACACCUCUGGAUGUUUUGAAAACUCGAAUCCAAACCCUCAAGAAAGGCCUGGGUGAGGACAGCUACAGUGGGAUCACUGACUGUGCCAGGAAACUCUGGAUUCAGGAGGGACCAUCUGCCUUCAUGAAAGGAGCAGGCUGCCGGGCCCUUGUCAUAGCCCCUCUCUUUGGGAUUGCCCAAGGUGUCUACUUCAUUGGUAUUGGAGAGCGUAUUGUAAAGUGUUUUGAGUAGAUACAAUGCUCAGGUCCCUUCGCUGGCUGCCACCUCUCUAGCCUACCCUAUCUAGACUAGAGGGGGAGGCAGGCUGGCCCCUCAUGGUAUUUUGUCCUCUAACUUGUAGCACUACCUCAGUCUCAGAAGAAACAACCCUAUUCUAAUAAGCAAGCUGGCUACAGCCCUACCCUCCCUUCAGAAGCCCUUAAUCAUCUAUCUUUCAACAAAAAAAAAUAGUGCAUGCUUUGGCUAUAUUAACUGUAGGAACUUAACAGACAGUAAAGAUAGAAGGGUUGUUUCUACACUUUACAUUUCACAUUUCUAUUUCACACUCAAGCUCAGUACACUUGAGUCAAUUGGAGGAUUUAGUUUUGUUAAUCUGAGUUAAAUAAUUUAUGGUUAGUCCCAGCAUUCAUCUUGGGAAAAAGGAGAAUCAGAAGUUCAAGGGGAACAUGAAAGUCCUCAAAGUCUGCACCUACUUCAAAACCAAGCAAAUCCUUUCAAAUAGUGGAUGGCUGAGGGCUAAGGCCAACUAAAACUGAGCAGCCUGGGCAAAAUCAGGGCAGCAAUCCUGUUCCAUAUCCUCCUUCUGAAAAACAGGCUCUUAUAGACCAGUGUCUAUGGAACACUGAAAUAAAGUUGACUAGUUAUAAUCUGGCCUUGUAAUUAAUGAAAGAAGUAGACAGGCUGCAAUGAAUAGUUUGUCAUCUACCUUUCUGUGUCCAUUUCAAAACCAGCUGGAAAAUGAGGAGUAGGAGGAAGAAAAGUGUUUAGGCCCUAACACACAGUAACCCCCCCUCCCCCCGGCUGCCCAAAAGACCCCCUUAGUUUCUUUUCUUUUCUGACUGCCAAAGCUACUAAAACUAUUUCCUCAAUAAAACUGUCAAACCCUCCAGAGGACAGAUAAUACUGAAUACCUAUGUGUGGAAGACUAGAAGGGGCUGAAGGAACAUGAAAGGAACACUUCUGAAUAAGGAUCCGGUAAAAAUGAGCAGGAAGUGCCAGAGGACACAGGGAGGAUUAAUGGUUUCAAGUACUGACAGCCAUUAACCAGCAAAUGUUACAGA